AUGGCCGAUGUAGACAUGGAGAAUGCGCUGCCGGAGCUCGGCGGCCAGCUACCUCUCGACCCCGACGCGCAAGCGACCGUGACUGACUUUCACGACUACACCGAGUUCUUCCCUUCCGACCUCAUACGCUCCCUUACCUUGAUCAGGAAGCUCGAUCAAACGUACCUCGACAACACACAGAGAGUCCACAAUCUUACCACUGUGUACGGCAGCCUACCGUCUCUACCUGCGAACCAGCGAGUCGAUCCUCAGGCCCUUCGGAAGCAGAUUUCAGCCGCGCUAGAUCAUGCCAUACACUGCAGGGAAUCCGCCCUUGCUGAAGCAGCACGUUUGUACGAUGUCGCAGAGCGUCACUGCACAAGGCUUGGGACCAUCAAGAAGAAACUGCAAGCUUUACCGGAGCCGCCAUCGCGCGAUCCAACUCCGCCGCCAGUGUCGCCAGCGCUACGACGGAGGACGGAUGCCGAACGGACACCCCGUCUGACACUCAACGGGCCAUCGCUGGGCGCAAGACCAGUUGCAGCGGCUGCGCGACUGAGUCAUGGUGGUCGAAGGACGAUUGUACCUGGUGAGAUCCUUCCGCUCCCAGAGCUGGGUUCUCCCAUUGAGGAUACAGUGUCCGACGAUGAUGAUGAAUCGCGCGAAUCCUCACCCGUCGGCGAUGGAGGCAACGGCAUAGAUGCCCCCUCGCAACCUAAGCGUGGUGGCAAGCCAGGUCGCGUCAAGGUACCGAAGCAGCCGAGGAAUAAGCUACUCAAGGCGCCUCGGAUCCGGCCGCCAGGGCAGAUGGGUACGAACGUACACAGUGCAGUUGCCGGCAUAUCCACAAGCAAUGCGCUGGCUAAGCUCGAUCCUCCUCCACCAGACGCGAAACCGGGCAGCAGACACGCCCCUUGGCACAAGCUCACCGAGUACGAGAUGGCCUGGCUAAGAAAGACGAUGAAGAAGAACGCGAUCUGGAAUCCGAGCGAUACAAUGAUCAGGCGUGAGCUGACACAAAAGGGCCGUGGGCGGGAAAACUACGAGAGGGAGAAGGAGAGGUGCAUGAUCACCGGCGAUCCGUUUAUCGACGAAGACCCGAUGGAUCCUCUGAAGAAGGUUUUAGCUCCUGGAGAGACCACGUUUGAGCCUCUAGGUAACACAGAUGUGAACCUCUCCAAUCGAGGCAUGAAGCUGAAUGAGGCGAAGAAGCUGAAGAAGGAGACCAUGGCAAGAGAACAGGCAGCCCGGGAUGCGAUAGAGAUUGAGGAGGCCAGCCGAAUGAUCACCGCUACAGGAGAUAUAUUCAAGAACCUUUUCAACCACAAACCAGCCGAGAUGUUACCCGACAUUGGCACAGCUCAGAAGAAAGAGCCGCCCAAAUCAUCCAAGAAGCGCAAGCGCGAGGGCUCAGCCGAGCCAGCAAAGGUCGCUGGCAAGGACCUGUCGUCUGCCGCCCACGAAGUUGGCGCCCGUCCAAGUGGCCCCAAGAAGAUCAAGCUCGCGCCUCCUGCUCCACCAUCUAGCACAGCCGAAACAUCCAUACCACCUCAAUCCGAGGAUACACCUUUCACUUCUUCUGCCGGGACUCAACCCAUAGCUAAGACGACGACCGUUCUAGUGCCCCUGCUCCCCGCCGGUCCAUCAAACUCACCCACAAAACCCGCUCCUCCGCACGCCAGCCGCAAGCCCACACCCGGACCCCCCUCACCAACCGCCAAGACCUCCGCCGCCGAGCAGCUACCGAAACCACCCCUUCCGGUCCCCGCCAUCACCACAGCAGCGACCAGUCGCUCGCGUCGCGCAUCUUUAGCUCCGACACCGAAGGCAUCAAGUCCACCCCCGAAUGGCCGUCCAUCAAGUCGCGCCACUACGGCUCAGCCACCUUCUUCGCCUCCGCCUGUAACUACUGCGCCUGGCAGACGACCAAACGCCCGCGCAGCAAACACGAAAGCCGCAUCCGUCGAACCGACCACCAAGCGCGAAAGCCGCGACCUCCGCCGUCGCGGCAGCAAUGUCUCUCUGCCGCCUCCCGAGAUGCCAGCGCGGGAGACACGUACGCGAGGCAAGAGGCCAGCGCCGGGUGUGGUGACAGAGGAAGAUGGCGGAAAGGGCAAAGUCAGCGUCGGGAAGCGCAAAGCGGCGCCCCGGAAAAAGGGCGGCAAGAAAGAAGGUGGAGAGCUGAAAGGCGAGAAGAAAAUCGAGGCUGUACUGGAGGAGGCCGGGGAGGACAUUGAUCCCAACGAGCCGCGGUAUUGUGUUUGUGGGGAUGUGAGUUAUGGGACUAUGGUUGCGUGCGAGAACGACGAUUGCGAAACGGAGUGGUUUCACCUCCCGUGUGUGGGUCUCACGGAUAUUCCGCCGAGGCGCGCGAAGUGGUACUGUCCUGACUGCCGCAAGAAGCUGGCGAUUGAUGAGAAGGGCCAUGCUAUGAGUGACCCGCCGAAAGGGAGACGGUAA